AUGGAACGAAGACCCAGAGCGACAACAACUAAAGUUGUAAAUUACAAUGACAAUGACAAUGUGGAAUCCGACUUGUCAUAUUCUCUGAUGGUGAGUAGCGAUGAGGACACUGUUGAAUGGAAACCACCAGAAACAAAGCCAAAAGCUCCCAGUAAAUCUGCCAGAGACCCAGCAGCUGGAGAGAAGCAGGCAACUGCAAAGAGAACUGCUAAACCAAAAGUGCCCAAAGAACCUAAAAUUCCCAAAGUGCAAAAAAACCCUAAGCCAAGAGCACCAAGGAAACCUGCAGCAGAACGAAAGUCUCAGGCUUCUACAGGAGCAAAGGAAUCUGCUUUGUCUGGUUUGACUUCGAGAAAAAGGAAACAGAUUGAUGGGGAUUUUGAAGACGACAAAGGAAAAACACAGACUGACUGUCCAGAAGAAGCAAGGGCACAUGAAAGUGGCAUGAGAAGAGUGUCAUUUAUCGUGUCAGAUGUUCACCAGACAAUCAAUCGACCAGAUGAAGGACCGUCACAAACUGGACUUGUGGUCAAGAAAAAGGAAAUGGAAUCUGAAGAUUUUACUUUUGAUGAGCCUUGUCCAAAAAAGCAGAGGACUGCUGGUCAAUGCAAUAGACAAUCUGCUGCUUUACCACAUGCUGAAGCAGAGUCUUUGAGGAAGGAACUAAAUAUGAACUGGGACAUGGUUGAGCUGCUCUCCUUCCUGACAUGUGUGGAGCAGUGGGUCUGUAUGAAUAUAGUUAAGCUGCUUCGUGAAGAGAAUACGGUGCCUUUCAUGGUGCGCUAUCGUAAAGAGAUGAUUAACCACAUGGAUGCCGAUGCCGUCCGAGACGUUCAAAUUACAUAUGAGGAAUUACGUUCUCUCGCCAAGAAGACCCAGUCUGUCAUUCAGACUCUGACGAAGGAUGGCGUUUUAACCCCUGAGUUGGAGCGAAACCUGCGGAGUUGCCGAUCAGCGGAUGAACUGGAUCAUGUGUAUUCUCCGUAUAAAAAAGGCAGUAAGCUGACAAAAGCCCGCCGGGCCAAAGCUCUUGGCCUUGAAGUAGCUGCUUCCGCACUAAUAAAUGCGCCGCAUACUCUGGAUUUAAGAGCAUAUGUACAGCCAGGGACUGAAGGGCUGUCGUCGGUGGAAGAAGUAGCCACAGGUGUGGAACACAUCUUAGCUGAUAUGAUUGCCAAAGAUCCUGAGACACUCACCUAUGUCAAAACACUAUGUGAGAGGAACUUUGUGACCCUCCAGUCCUCUGUGUCUAAAUCGGCCUUAAAGGAAAAAGAGCAAGACAAAUCAGUCCAGGGCCAGAAGAAAAACGGGCCCGAACAAAACAAACACAAAGAUGUGGAUAAGUUCCAGCUGUACUUGGACUUUACCUGUAACAUCCAGCGUAUCCAGCCACAUCAGACACUGGCCAUAAACCGAGGGGAGAGUCUGAAGAUUUUGACAGUGAAGGUGAAUAUUCCCGACAGAGUGAAGAGUGACUUCAACCGGUAUUGCAUCAACAACAGGUGGAGGCCGAAGACAUUUGCAAGAGAAGAACUUCAUGCAAUCAUCAAAAAUGCUGUGGAAGACUCUUAUAAAAGGCUUAUUUUGCCUUUUCUCACUAGAAACUACAGAACUAAGCUGACGAGUGCGGCAGAGAAGGAGUCCAUCGCCAUGUUUGUGCGGAACCUCCGCCAGCGCUUGUUAGUUUGUCCAAUCAGGGGCUCUGUCAUAAUGGGGGUGGAUCCUGGCUUCAGACAUGGCUGUAAGAUAGCAAUACUCUCCCCCACAAGUCAGAUUCUCCAAACUGAUGUUGUAUUCCUGCACAACACAGGGCAACAAAGAGAAGCAGACAAACUGCGCCACCUUAUGAUUAAAUACAGCUGUACUAAGGUGGCCAUCGGCAAUGGUACUGCAUGUCGAGAAACGGAGUCCUUCUUUGCUGACCUUAUCUCCAGACGCUAUUUUCAUCCACUGGAUGUAUCUUAC